AUGAGCGAAACGGGCAUUCGCAGAAACGUGGACAAACUAGGCCACGUGCUCGAGGAGGUGCGCGAAAGGGCACUUCUUCAUCUCAAUACGAAGCUCGUCCACGGGCUGGUCACACUUGAGGACUUGAACAAUUGUCCAGGCUUCGCAAGACGGCUCUUAGAAUGGUUCAACUCCCCGAAUCCUUCCCAAAAAGUCCUAGUGCUGGACCUAAUCAAGCGUUCUCUAAAAAUCAAACCGAAACUCUACUCGGAACUAGGCUUGAGCGAAUUCAUUUCGGCAAUGAUGCCAGAUUUGACUCCCGAUGAGCAAAUCAUUGCCGAAGACGUUUUAUCAGACUUUCAUGAAAUAACGAUCAACUCCACCAAAUCUUCCUCAUGUACGACUCUGGAUGACACUGAAAAUAUGCCUCGCUCGGCGUACUUUCUCGGCGAGAAUCGCCCCAAGAACCAGGAAAAGUAUCCGAGCUGGAUGAAGGUCAAACUUUUGCCGUGGCAGACGUUAACUCUCACUGAUCGACAAGUUCUCCAGCAUACAUAUUCCUCCCUCUGCUCUCGCGACAAUGAAACUGUAUCCGAAUAUGCUCAUUUUUUCGCGGAAGUGAUUCUAAAGGACUUUCCCGCGGAGAUUUUUGUCCAGCGACCCGGAAUUCUUCAAGCGCUGAUUGCCUUCGUCUUAACGAUUCCAGAGAUUUCUCAUCUGACGACAUCUUUGGAAACGAUUGAAAAUUUCAUCAAAAAGCUUGACUCCAGAAUCGUGCAAACAUCAGAUGCCUCUUGGACGAAUACUCAUCAACCUGGCUACCCGCUUGGCUACGAAAUCGGCACUGGCGUCGAUCAAUGGGAAAGGGAUGAGCUUCAGGAUCUCGUGAAAGGACAAACAGCAGUUCCAAUAAUUCUGGUCGAAAUACUCGAAUGCCUAUCUGGGAUUCUAGGAAAUCUGCAGAUAGGAAGCGUUCUUCUCUGCUCGAGAGUGAUGGUCUGCGUUGCGAAAAGCUAUCGCAAAUGCAUUUCAUUGAGCGAAUUCAAUGAUGCAAAUACGCAAGAUGGUAUUUCGAGGUACCUGAUCGUCAAGCUACGAAAUAUCCUCGAAAUCAUUGCGCUUCAAGUCGAAAAAUUCAGCGCGCAAACUCUUGUCAACCAAACGAGUGAAGAUCCUGUUCAACUUUACAACGCCUACUCUUCCUUGAUUUCAGAGCUUCUUAGAAACCUUUGCUGCCCAUUGACAGUAAAUCAAGUAUCGUCUCUGGCUCUCGAGCGAGCAUUGAGAAUAUUGGCGUUCGAUCAUAUUUCACAGUUCAACUUUCCGAAGGACAGUUACUUGUGGAAGGUUUUACAAGCGAUCGAUCCAUCGACGAUUCAAACAAGCGAAAUUCUCUUCAGCAGAUGUUCUUCUUUGAAGAAUGCGUCGAAAUUUGGAAGCUCGUUUUCGAAGCUCAAAAGAGCCGACGCGUUGGAAAUUGGUCUCAGUGGUUGCGAAACGACAAGUGUUCACCUUUCGGCGAAUUUCAUCGAAACCUGCAUAUAUGCCGCGUCUAUUUACAAAGAUUGCGAUAGAUUGGUGCUGAUGUUGCUCAAGGAUACUAACACGACUGUGAGAGAAAGGACGGUGGAGGGUUUAAAAAGGUUUAUCGAGAAAAUAUGUGACGAUGUUGCUGCCUCCGGAAACACGUAUCAAUCAAAGCCUCUUGUUUAUCUUCUUUCUCCGCAAGUUCUUGAAGAACUCAUCCGCCACUCACUCGAUGACCAGUCUGUUUCUGUCUCGAAGACAACUGCUGCUAUUUUAUCAAGAUUGCUUACAACAAACAUGCUUUGGGACGAAGAACUAAAAGCAAUUCUCAAAGUGACAACGGAAAAAUUUGGCCACUUUUUGGAAAUCUUCGCCGACGACGAAUCGCUGGGGACACCUCUUCGCGAGUUUUACCUGUCAGAAGAUAGGUUGAAAAUCAACCGGAUCAAGUCGGCCCUGCGAAUGCUUCUCUGUAAGAGGCGCGAUCAAAGAAGGCAAGUCAUGUCUUUGAUGAGCGAAGAACUUCAAGAAGUCUGUGGACGACCAAUGGAUGCGCUAAUAGACUACUUCACGAUCUCGAAUCCGCUCGAGCUCAACGACCAGCGACAAAUGGAGAACAUCUUCAGAGUGGACACAAUUGAACGACUUUCGCGAAUUUUAAAAAGCGAAUCUACCGAUAUUUCGCUGCGUUAUUCCUCUUUUGCUCAACUAGCGAUUAUAACUGUCGAGCCAGAUCUGGUGGAGAUCUUCUUACAAGAAUGUGGCUAUGUCAUGCUUUUGGAAGAAAUUAAAAAACUCGCUGAUCAAGGAGCUCUAACACCACAAGAGAAAGACGCGGCAGGAAGUCUCUGUGAUAUUCUUAGACAUAUUUGCGUGGUGAAAGAUGUGAUUGCCAAAGAGGUUUCUCUGAUGCUUCCAGCUUUAUGCGAUCUUGUCAAACUCGUCGAGCACACGUCUCUCAGUCCAAAGAACCACGCGAAAGUUCUGGCAACGCUGAAUAUUCUCCUAUUUCUUGAAGUGCUCAAAUUCAACGAAAGGGGUCACGCACAAUGCCCAGGCAUCAUCAACAGACGAAUUUUGCUUCCAUUUGCUGUAGAAUUUAUCCCAAGAAUAACGACGCAGCCAACGAUAUCAAUCAGCGAAGAAGAAAAGCUCAAACAUCCGAGUGCUCAAAGAUCUCUUCGACUUGCAUGGAGCUCGACAGCUCCCACAGGCGAUUUCGCGGAGAUUUUAAAGAAGCAAGAUUGCGACAAACACUCCUGGCCUCACUUCGACCUGGAAACCAUCGGAUCGCACAUGGAGGCAGACUUGAAAGCCGCUGAAGAUCACAAAUCCUACACUCAAGCCGUUGAAAGCGCAUUUUACAAUCAUCAAAUAUUUCCGGAAGAUCUGGGAAGACGUGUCAAUCACUGUUUGACGGUCUCUUUCGACAAGUUUUUCAUAUCAAGGCCGAAUCAAGCGCGGGAUGAAAAGAUUCUCCUCAAGAUCAUUACCUACACGAACUUCAUUCUCAAAAGUCAGCCGAACAACAAUCAGAUUUUCGAAAAAUGGAUCACAUCUCAUGUAGAAGACAUAAAUUGCCCUCUGUACGAGUACUUGAACAAUCCAACUGCGCUUCCAAAUCAUUCGUCAAAAGCAACGAGAAGAAUGAUCAUCGAAUUUUUGUCAAUUAUAUUCUGUCUCGUGCAGAAACAGCUUCUCAGUUCAGAAACGAUGGCAUUCAUAGCGAGGACGCUCAACGACAGAGUUCACAAUUUAAUCAACAAACAUGAAGACAUGAACAUUCCGACGCUACAAAUCUGCACAAAUGCGCUACAGAGACUUUCCAAAAAACUUGGCAGAACAGACAGACAAAGGAACUCCCUUUUAUGCCAAAUUAUCAAGACAGCCAAAGAUGUCAUUAUUCGGAUUCACAGCUCGUCUCAAAACUCGAUGCAAAACUUCAUGGGACGCGAAGUCAUCCAACAAUCAGUCUGUACUUUGAGUACGUGUGCACACUUCCUGAUGGGAAAUGGAGGAAAACAAAGUCUGACAGUUCUUGAAGAAGGAACGGGGCUGGAAUGGCUCGAGAAACUUCUCAAAUUCCGCAGUGAUCGAGUUCGCUUGUCCAUUUUAUCGGUCCUCUCUCACGCUUUCCAUUCGCCAAAGACCAGCAGGCACUUCUUCAAAGAAAUCAAUGAUGGAAUUCUCACAACACUUAUUGAAAUCGCGCUGGAUUUUGAUGAAUCUCCUCUUGUUCGCUCAACAGCAUUGGAAACUUUAACAAUCAUUGUCGAAAGCCACAUGCAUCUUUCGUCGACAAAAGCUGUCGACGGUCUUCAUAUCAACAUUCUUCUCGAAUUGAUGCUGAAAUUCGACUUCUUCGUGCAAAUUAGCCAUGCGAUGGAAAAUUAUGUCUACUGUGAUUUGCCUGCGCAGGAUAAAAUGGCACCGAUAACGCCUGCGUUUGUUGGUGCAUUCAACUACUUCAUCAUUUCUUUACUGAAAGCUUUCCCAACGCAGACUGCUUCAGGGCUUCGAAAUUCUGGAAUACUAUCGAUUUUAUCAAAACUCUUCAAUGUUCAACUAGUCAAAUCUUCUGUCGGAGAACACAAGAAAAGUCUUCUCCAGCAAAUCAACAGCACUUGUCUGAUAUUCACCUACGUUUUGAGCGGCUGCGAAGAAGUAAUGUCACAUGUCGCAUUCGUACAACAAAUAUUCUCUCUUCCUUUCGAUGAAAAUUUUGCAAAAGAAAUUCUAACCUGUUACGAAUCUGGAGCGAAAUUCUUUUGCAAAAACUGGAGCAGCUUGGAUGAAGAUGCCGAGAAAAAGACUUUGAAGAGUUUAUCCACAACGAUGUCGACUUACAUAAAAACGAUAACUGAAGCUUGGAGCUAUUUCAACACGAAUUUCGCGCAAUUCGAAUGGAUGUUACAUUUCUAUUGCCUCAUUAUUUCAAAAUCGAAGUCUUAUCUCAUCGGUACAACGAAGCAAGCAUUAAUUGACUCAGAAGGAGUAUUUCUACAAAAGCUAUCACACGAGUUCGAAGUUCAAGGGACUAAAAUCAGAUCAGAAGCAAACAUAUCAAAAGAGACCCUGUUGUCUUCCGCAAUUUGCGUCACCAUUGGCCUUGGGGAUGGACGGGAGCUGCUCGUCCAAAGCGGAUUCAUCGAGCGACUGGUGGAUUCGCUAGAAAUGCUGCAGAUCAAACUCUGCACAGAACGGCCGAAGCGUUUGCAUGAAAGCUAUAUUGGCCUGAGCCUGAUUUCGAUCUUCAAUAUCUGCAGAAAUUUUUCGUCGAAUGGAAAAGUGGCGAAUCAUCUCCUUCAAACUAACUUUAUAGACGUUCUUUCACGUUUGUGGCCUCUCAUUGUCGGAAAUGAAAAACUCAUACGCGUAAUGCUUCAAAUGCUCCUUUCCUUCACUAAAAACAGCGUUCCCUGUGCAACAGCAAUUUCCUCAAGCAAUCUGAUUUCUUCAAUCGUGAAGCAAUUCCAGUACUACGAGAAACAAAUACGAAACAAAGUCAAGGCGAGUCCGAUUUUCACGCUCAACUUCAAUCUCUUGUGCAAUCUGAGUAUCUCCCAAGAAGCUCGUGCUUAUUUUUGGAAAGCAAAUGUUCUCCACGAAUUCUCAGCGGCAGCGGAAGCAGGAGUUCAUUCUUCAGCCUCGAAGCAGCAGAUUAUGGUGCUUUCACUCUGGCUCCGGUGGCUGCUGUGCUUGUCUUUUCACAAAGAUGGUCGAGAAAACAUUCUUCAAACCAAAGACAUCCUUGACUACCUAACGAACGCCGUUUCAAAAGUAGACGAAAAACUAGCGCUGCUUGUAAUUCACAAUUUGUGCUACGCGACGCAAUCCAAAACGCGUAUUUCCACUUUCGACCAGCUCACUAAAUGCUUCCGACAGUACUUGGCCAUCGAUUCUCAAAAAGAACUUCAGCUGCUCGUUUCAAACUCCUGUUGGGCGCUGAUGAGUACCUCUCAAAAGGCAAAAGGGCGUCUGAAAGCAGCGGGACUUAUCGAAAGGCUGGAAACGCUGUCGACGAUCUAUUCCGAAGAAGACUCCUCAAAAGAUUCCAUUUUCCACAUUCACGCUGCCUUAGAACUCCUACAUUCCUAG